GCCAUGCCGGCCGGGGAGACUGGGAGCCUCGGGGAUUGGGCGUCCGUGCGUGAUGACGCACGUGCGCGCGGAGACGUGGGGAGGACGCAGGCGGGCCGUAGAGAGCGUUCAGCUGUCUGUAAACCUCCCUGGAUUCCUAAAACCUGACCACAUUUUCCUGUCACUCCGUUGAUAGCUAACCAUGCAGCGGAGAUCAAGAGGAGUUAAUACUGGGCUUAUUCUGCUCCUUUCUCAAAUCUUCCAUGUUGGGAUCAACAAUAUUCCACCUGUCACCCUAGGAACUUUGGCUCUCAACGUCUGGCUCUUCUUGAAUCCUCUGAAGCCACUGCUUAGCUCCUGCCUUAGUGUGGAGAAGUGCUACCAGCAAAAAGACUGGCAGCGCUUACUACUCUCCCCCCUCCACCAUGCAGAUGACUGGCAUUUGUAUUUCAAUAUGGUAUCCAUGCUAUGGAAAGGAAUAAAUCUGGAAAGAAGACUAGGAAGUAGAUGGUUUGCCUACAUCAUCGCCACAUUCUCUCUACUCACUGGAGUGGUGUACCUGGUCUUGGAAUUUGCUCUUGCAGAAUUUAUGGAUGAACCUGGCUUCAGAAAGAACUGUGCUGUAGGUUUCUCAGGAGUUUUGUUUGCCUUGAAAGUUCUUAACAACCAUUAUUGCCCUGGAGGCUUUGUCAACGUUUUGGGCUUUCCUGUACCCAACAGAUUUGCUUGUUGGGCAGAACUUGUGGCUAUUCAUUUCAUCUCGCCAGGGGCUUCCUUCGCGGGGCAUCUGGCUGGGAUUCUCGUUGGACUAAUGUAUACUCACGGGCCUCUGAAGAAAAUCAUGGAAACAUGUGCAGGCAUUUUUUCCUCCAAUAUUGGUUACCCAGAACAGCGAUACUACUUCAGUAAUUCAGGCUACUCUGGAUAUCAGGAUUCGUAUCCAUAUGGCAGGCCAGGUCACUAUGAAGAAGUACCCAGGAACUAUGAUGCAUACACAGCAGGACUGAGUGAAGAGGAGCAGCUAGAGAGAGCAUUAAGAGCCAGCCUUUUGGACCGAGGAAAUAGCAGAAGUAGCCCCCCGCCCUAUGGGUUCCGGCUCUCACCAGAAGAAGAAAUGAGGAGACAACGGCUUCACAGAUUUGACUGCCAGUGAGGUGGCACAGCAUCUCGGGCAAAUGUGAUCCAGUUGUGUAAUUAUUGCCAUUUGGCUCAUCCCCCAAGCCCUACUUGGUUUUAAACCAAAGCAGAGUGCACUAUUGUCCCAGAUUGCUCCCAUCUGCCUUGGCCACUGUGAAUCUAGAUUCACAAGCACAUUGACUUGUCUUGAAACCAGACUUGAAUGCAGCUCACAGCUUUCUGGGAGUGGCCCUUCUCCUGGCCUCGUCCUAUCUCACAGACAGGUCAGUUCCUCCAUGUAGGGACCAGUUUCCACCCUCCAUUCUCUCCCUGAUGACUCAGCGGUACCUCUGCCUUGUUUUGUUUUUGAAGACUGUGACCUUCACCAGGAGGUUCGUUUUCACCAGCCCGGAAGAUUAGGCUCUCAUUCUGCCCGGCAUGCCCAGUAUUUGACGUGGCAAGAAAUGAGGCCCCAUCCCUCGUCGUCCUGGCCCAUUGCCAUGGUGACUUUCCAGGAACACGAUGUGGCUACCAUGGCAAUAUGCUCUUCUGGUCUCCCUUGGGCCCCUGCGUCAGGGUGGUGUUGACAGUGUACUAGCUUUGCUCCUAUAUUGCUCUGCCUUUAAAGAACGUUCUACUGGAAAAGCUUGAGUAAGACCUCAAGUGGGACACCCACUUGAGUCCAUUAGGUAGUGGGUGGCACCAACAAUUUGGGCUCACACAGCCUCUCCAGUGACCAUAUAUGUUCCUGGAGAUGUGACUCGUGUUAAUCAGCAAAGCAGCAGCAGGUGCCAUGUACAGAGUAGAGCAAAGGCCUUCAGGAGGUUGGUCACUGAGAAAUCCCUCUUGAGGAAGUAUUUUUUCCCUCAUAAAAGUGCCUUUUAAAUGGCCACUGUAACAGCCACUUGUCCUGCCCAAGUGUCCGAGACACUCUCCUGGCUCCUGCAAUGUUAUAACCCACAGACUAUCCAAGUCACUUAAGGAGCUUCCUGGUGCUUAUGUUUCAUGAAUCAAAGGCCAAAGUCAAAUAUCACUGAUGUCUUAUUGUGACUGAGAUAUUUAUUUUUAAAGAGAAUUGCAAGCAGAAAACAGUCUUCCUAUUUUGAUUCAUCUAGCAUUUAUAUACAGUUUUCUGAUUAUGAAAGUAAUAUAUAUGCCCUAUAUACACAAAAAGCAAACAGCUGGAAGGAAAUAUAUCCAUAUCUUAGCAGAGGUUAUUUAGGGGAUAGAGUACAUAGGAUUUUGCUGUCUGUCUUUUUACAAUUUUAUAUUGUAAUCUUUUUAAAAUGUGUGUAUGUGUAUGUACAUGUAAUCUUUCUGCAAUCAGAAAAACUGAUUUAUAUAAUAAUAAAUCAAGAAAUAUAUAAUCAGAAAAAUGGACUUAAUAAGAACUGUGUCUCCAUUGAGGAAAUUUACAAUAUAAACAAAAAUACAAAUAAAUAAAUGUAGAAUUUUAAAAUCACCUAUAUUCCCACCACUUACAGGUGCCAGGGUUGACAUUUUGGGGAUAUUGCCUUCUCAGUUCUUUUAUACAUUUGAAAAAUUUGGAGCAUACCAACUGUGCAGUUUAGUAUCCGGUUUUUAAUCUGAGCUGACCUGGGAGAGGCAUUGACACUUGCAUAUAAAUGAGCUAAGAAGCCACUGAGUCCUGGGAGUACUUUGACCUGCCUGCUGCCCGCAUGAUACCUGAGCUCCUUUGGUUAAUUUAUAAUUGAUGUAAAGCCACAGCUUGUUUCUAAUAAGAAUUGUAUCUGUAAGUCUGGUAACUUCAAACGUGUUUAAAUUCGUACGUUCAAGCUAAAUGUCAUUCCUCUCUCUCCCAAACUCCAGAAAACCCCCAUUCUCCUCAUUAGAAAUAACCUCAUUCUUACACGCCAUCUUCUCAUAGCACAUUGAAAAGGUAAUUCUGUUGUAACGCUUAUAUCUUGCCCUUAUUAUUAUUUGUGCACAACUAGACAUGCCUUCUACACUGGAGUGUGGCUUAUGAAUGGCUCCAGGACGAGGCUUGUGUCUUAUCUUUCUACACUUUCCCACUCUCCCCCUCCACCACACAAAGGCUGUCCCUGGGAGGGGCUCAUUAAAUGUUUCUCCAACCAGAGUGUUUUUUCAAUUGCAUUAAAAGUCCCACCACUGUAUAUGGAAGUUUGGUUUUUUUCCUUUAUUGCUGUUGAGUCCAGUAACAGUACCUCCGUGCUCUAUUUGAUGUGUCAGAUACGAAGAUGCCAGAAUUGGAUUUCGGAUGGUAUAACUAUAAUAUUCAUGCCUUCUUUAUUUAUGGAGUGGAACAUCACUAAACUUUUAGACAUGUGGAAAAGGCCAUUUUAGUUAUAAAUAUAAACCACUUAGCAAGACAGUAAAGAUGUUCUAGAAAUUAUUAUAAUUACUUUGUUCAGGUAAUAGGCUUAUUAUUUUCAAUGUCCAUCUUAUUUUUUUCUCAGAAUAAGGAAUCUCCAAAGUUAUAACAACAAACUGGAAUUGGGUUGAGAAAGAUAAACAAAAUCAAGUGUAUUAGACUAAUUAUCUCUAAUAGGGAAUAAGCAUUUAGAGCUGGUUUUUAAAUUUGGUUUCUUUACUGAAUAGUAAUUUCCUGAUUGUCUGUUAAGCAUCCAGUUCCCACAGUUUGGUUGUGGUCAGUAAACUUAUGAGACCUCUCAAUUCAGAAUCUCUCCUGGGUUCUCAAGAUGAGGGAGUGGUUAAAAUUGCUUCCUCUUAAUGAUCUUGAGUGUAUUGCCUGUUAUCCCAAAGUUGUAUGUAAUUGUUCAAGCCUCCUCCAUCCUUUUGAGUUGUCUGCUGCUGAGGCUCAAGCAGUAAAUAGCUGGUUUUAGUAGGAUCGGGGCUAGUCUACAUAUCUGGCCCGUGUUCUGCCACCUGGGGAGUGAGUAAGCUAGAGGGGUGAGAUCCACUACCCAAAACGGACUGCAAGAGAGGGUGAGGCAGGCCUGGCCUCCUUGUUCCCAGUCUUAGUUUCUCUAGAGAGAUUCAGUAUUCAGUAAAGAAUUGUAGUUAAUUAGUCAUUUUUAAAAAACAAACAUAUCAUUUUUCCCUUUCCCUUCCCAUGGAUUAUUGCAGUCAUUUCCUAAUUAUUAUUAUUAUUUUUGCCCUUAGUCUUUCAUUGUAGAAUUGCAGACUCUCUGCUUAAAAGCACCUUGAAAUCUCUCAAGUCAUUGCUUUGCUCAAUACUUAAAGCACCUCUUCACUCAGUUGUACAGAGCUCUGCCAGUUGAUCUUGCAGAAUCUGCUCUUGAUGCCUCUCAUCGUCUCAGUACCUUUUGUCGUCUCUCUGUUGCCAAAGGAUAAAGGUCAGGCUCAUUAGCCUCAACCAUGGGGCUCCAGCCAGCCUUUCGACCUCAUCCCCUCGUAUCUAUAACCGAGUCUGCGCUUGUGCUGACUGGUCUCCCCGCCCAAGCCAUGAGCUUUCCUGAUCCUGUGACUAAAUUGUGAUGUGCUUUUACAUGGGACAGUCUUUUCCUCUUAGCCCAUCCAGACCUCCCUGUCCUGCCCCCAGACACCGCAGCCGAGAAGGAUCCCACCCCCAUCAGAUCCACUGCUCUUGUUAGGUGUUCCUCACAGUUUCCACAGGUCACUUGAAUGCUGGUUAUCCUGCAAUGAGAGGAUGUCUUUCUCUUUAGAUUGUAAGUUUCAUGAGAGCAGGGACCAUGACUCUGUUUCUGUGUGUCUCCUCACAGUCCCUUGAAAAAUGCUUUGCCUAGAAUGUCAGAACUAAUAAAUGCAUGUGGAUUGAAACAGAAGCUCAUUUAUACC